UUAAAGAUAAGAUAGGUUGCAAAAGGAGAACAAAUAUUUCCUUCCUCAAAAAUAUUUGCCAGAACUUAUUUUUACCUGCUGUUUAAUAAGGUAUUUUGAAGAUCCUUCUUAGAACCUCAUAUAUUAACUCUUUCUUGAACUGUCAUUCCAUUUGGACACCAGAUAUGGAAAUUUUAAAAAAGUCACUAUGUGAGAAUGAUCCUGAGUUGUUCAACAUCAUCAAAAAUGAGAAGCUACGCCAGAGACGAGGUUUAGAACUUAUAGCAUCAGAAAACUUCACUAGUUUAAGUGUCCUUCAGACUCUUGGAAGUUGUUUGCACAACAAAUAUUCAGAAGGGUAUCCAGGCCAGAGGUAUUAUGGUGGUAAUGAGUAUAUAGAUGAAGUAGAGCGCCUCUGUCAACAAAGAGCUUUGGAAACUUAUGGAUUGGAUUCUGAUAAAUGGGGUGUUAAUGUCCAACCAUAUUCAGGAUCUCCAGCUAACCUAGCAGUAUAUACAGGAAUUGUAGAACCUCAUGGUAGAAUAAUGGGUUUAGACUUGCCAGAUGGUGGUCACUUGACUCAUGGUUAUUUUACUGAAAAGAAGAAAAUAUCUGCCACUUCCAUGUUUUUUGAAUCAAUGCCUUAUAAAGUGAACCCAGAGACGGGCCUUAUUGAUUAUGAUCAAUUGUCAACACUAGUCAAUCUAUUUAAACCAAAAUUAAUAAUUGCUGGUAUUAGUUGUUAUCCCAGAGAUCUGGAUUACAAACGUUUCAGAGAAAUAGCAGAUCAAAACAAUUCAUAUCUAAUGGCUGAUAUGGCACAUGUUAGUGGUUUAGUAGCAGCAAAACUUGCUCCAAAUCCAUUUGAAUACUGUGAUAUUGUUACCACAACAACACACAAGACUCUCCGUGGCCCAAGAGCUGGAAUGAUAUUUUAUAGAAAAGGUGUCCGCAAAGUUACAAAAGCUGGUGAAGAGAAAUAUGACUUAGAAAGUAAAAUAAAUCAAGCAGUAUUUCCCGGCCUACAAGGAGGACCACAUAAUCAUGCUAUAGCAGGUGUUGCAACAGCACUGAAACAAGCCCAAAGCUCUGAAUUUAAGGAAUAUCAACAACAAGUGAAACUGAAUGCAAAAUCUCUAGCCAAAGAAUUAGCAGCUAAAGGCUAUUCAAUUGUUACAGGUGGUACAGAUAACCAUAUUGUAUGGGUUAAUCUACGGCCAGUAAAACUUGACGGAUCUAGAGUAGAAAGAGUUCUAGAAGAAAUAUCUAUUGCCUGCAACAAGAAUACAAUACCUGGCGAUACAAAGCCUUUGAAUCCAGGAGGUAUUAGAUUAGGUACUCCUGCUUUAACAACAAGAGGUUUAAAAGAAGAUGAUUUCAAAAAAGUUGCAGAAUUCAUUCAUCAAGGUUGUCAAUUAGCUUUAGAUGUAAACUCUAGAAGUGGUCCUAUGCUAAAAGACUUUAAAAAUAAGCUUACUGAAGAUCCAGAAUUCCAACAAAGAUUAAAGGAUCUGAGGAAAGAGGUUGAAAGUUUUGCUGAGCAAUUUCCCUUACCUGGAUUUGACGAAUAUUAAUCUUCAAAUUUUGCAAGAAUAUGAAAAUUUUAAUAAUUAUAUUUUAAAUACUUUUUAUAAAUAAAUAUUUUAUUAAACUCUGUAA